AUGCUCACUGAUCCAGCCGAUCCAGUCGAUGAUGGAGAAGACAACUGCUUUCCAGUUGUUCGAGAACUUGCCAACGCAGCUGCAGCAUUUGCUGCGGAAGCGGAAGCAGCGGCAACCAUUAGUGUACUUGGACGAAACCGACGUUCGGGUAACCAGUUUACGGAAUCCCAGCUGGUAAUGCCUGAAGAGGUCUGA